AUGGGACUCAAAGACAAGCUACUCAGAAGACCUUCUGUCAAUUCAGACGAAUCAAAAGAUGCCCUCGUCCUGCCCAGAUGGUCUUUUGAACGUAGCGACCAUUCGAUUCUAAGCACUGAGCGGUUGUUCCGACAGUGGAAUCAGUCCGACGACCAGAAUACACGAUACGACGCCGGCCAUCUGAUCGAGGAGGAGGAUAGUAUUAAACUUAGGGAGGUGAUUGUCACCUGGGACGGCCCAAACGAUCCUUCCAACCCUCUGAACUGGAGCAACAGACAGAAAUGGAUAACCACAAUCCUCGUCUCCCUCUUCACAUUCAUCUCACCGUUCUCAUCCACAAUGGUAACACCCGCGUUACCCACCAUCGGCAAGGAAUUCGAUAUAGACGAAGGCUUCAAGCGGCAGCUCGUCAUGACAAUCUUCCUCCUCGGCUACGCCCAAGGCCCCUUCGUCCUCGCCCCUCUGAGCGAAAUCUACGGCCGCGUCACCGUCCUCCAGUACGCCAACCUCAUCUACCUCCUCUUCAACACAUGCUGCGGCUUCGCACAGACCGGGCCGCAGAUGCUCGCGUUCCGGUUCCUGAGUGGCCUCGGCGGCGCGGCGCCACAAGCUUUGUGUAGUGGUGUCCUAGCAGACACCUGGAGCAAAGAAGAACGCGGCAAAGGCCAAGCCAUCUACGGCAUCCUCACCUGGCUCGCCCCCUGCAUCGCCCCCAUCUGCGGCGCCUACAUCUCCACCGGAGCAAGCUGGCGCUGGAUCUUCUUCGCCACUUCCAUCUUUACAGUCUUUGUGCAACUCACCGCGCUCUUCUUCCUCGCCGAGACCUUUGCCCCCGCUAUCCUUGCUAAAAAAGCAAAGGCUAUUCGCCACGAUAUGCAGGAUGAGACUGUGGUUGUCCGCACGGAGUUCGAGACGGGAGACCGUAUGAGUAGGAUUCUGAGGAAGAGAUUGGUCUUGCCGUUUAUUAUGAUGUUUACGCAUCCGGCGACGCAGGCGCCGUCACUGUAUCGCGCAUUUUUGUAUGGGGUUAUGUAUCUCAUGCUCUCUACAUUCCCGCUGGUUUUUGAAGAGGCGUAUGAUAUGAGUGUUGGUAACGCAUCACUCAAUUAUCUCUCGCUGUGUUUGGGGUUUAUGGUAGGGUUGCAGAUUUCGCAUCCGCUUAUGGACGGUCUCUACGCCCGCAUGAAAUCCUACUAUAACCUCACCGACGGCCUCCCUGAAUUCCGCGUCCCACCCAUGCUCAUCGCAGGCAUUCUGUGUCCGAUCGGACUCUUCAUAUACGGCUGGACGGCACACUACCACGUCCACUGGAUCGUGCCGAAUAUCGGUGCUGCAAUCGUGGCUGUGGGUCUCAUCAUUGGGUUUCAGUGUAGUCAGGCGUACACAACGGAUGCGUAUGAAGCGCGGUAUGCGGCGUCGGCGGCGAGCGUGGGUGCGUUUAUGCGGACCAUGUGCGGAUUUAGCUUUCCGCUGUUUGCGCCGCAGAUGUAUGAGAGCAUGGGGUUGGGUUGGGGGAAUAGUUUGUUGGCGUUCUUGACGCUGGGAAUUGGGUUGGUUGGACCUGUGGGGCUAUGGUUUUAUGGGCCAAAAUUGAGGAAGAUGAGUUGGAGGGGGUUGGAUUCAUGAUUGUGAGAGAUGAGGAUGAUGAUUUUUUUUCUGGGUUUUGGAUUGCGUGAUGACUGCGCCCUGAUUUUUCUAUGUAGAAUAUUUCUUUUAUGUAACUUCUCAG